GUCUUUUCUAAGGCAGGAUAACAUUGGAGGGUGGCGAAAUCCCUUCGUUGCACCCAUGGUUGGAAACCAGGGUAAGAAAACGGUAGUGGGGGAGCAACGAGAAGGAAGAAGAACAAGCACAGCAGCAGCAAAAAGCGGUGGUUCCUGUUGCUGCCGCUUGGGGUUGUGAGGAGACAUCGCCGCCGGCUGCUGGGGAAAGCGAGUUGGAGAGUGUCUGCUGCGCCCGGGAGACCGACACGACCGUCUCUGUUGCGUGGUUUGGCGGAGAGAAGGACGAGGCAGAGCGAGAAAGGAGGGAGGGGGCGGAAAGAUGGAAUAAAACGAACAAAGGCUGACCGCUUUGUCUGAGGAAGGGCUCGAGAGAGAGAGACACACACACACGCGGGCAGACAGAUUGGGCUGCCGGCCGACCGCCCUCCCUUCGCCGAGAGGAGCCCUGUGAGGCGGGCGCUCACGGGCGCCGCUACUGCUGCUGCCUUUCAAGCGCCUGACAAUGAAACUAAAAGGCAAAUCCCGAGGCGGCGGCGGCGGCGGCGGCGGCGGGGAUUCCGUCUGCCGCCGGUCUCAGUGAUCCUGACCUCCCGGGCGGACGGUUCUCUCAGGGACGGUUUGAGCAGAAAUCUCCUCUCUCCCUCCCUAAGUGGAGAGGUGUAGCCCUAACUGACUCUGCUUCCCUUCCGCAAAAGACGAGGUGGCCGAAGAAGAAGAAACGGGAGAGUGCGUGUGAGGGCGACUAUUUUAUAACCGCCUGACUGCCAGCCUGCCUCCUUUACUUCCUUCCUUCAACAGCAGCCUCCAUCGCCUUCAUCUGCUUUUGAACGGGGGCGCGUUGAUAUCGGAAGGAGAGAGAAAGAGGGAGAGGCUGCCGCCGUGCGUUGUUUCUGCCGCGAUCGUCGUUGUGAUUCAGUUUGUUUCUCUCCCACACGCUGUUCUUGGCGAUGAAAAGGAAAAAGGUGGCAGCUUCUGCUUGGGUUGGCUGCUGGGGAUAAGCCGAGAUAAAGUGGAAGGGAAAAGUCAAGCGCCUCUGCUCUCCCCCCCCCCCCCCCGCCGUCUGGUUCUCUGUACAGUCGAAGGCAACGCUAGGAUUGAGGUGUUGUAGUGCAGUUGGGGGUACACGAGUUUGAAGGAAGGGGGAAGGACUGGGUGGGAUGCCGACUGAUACCUCUGAACUGGCUGAGUCUUGGGUGUCCCCAGCAUCUGACUUAUUCUUGCCUCACAGCUGUAAUGGAUUUCAUAGAGAAACUCCUUUAUUUACUUUUUUAAAGGUCUGAAAAUCUAAACAGAGCAACAGAAGGAAGGGGAAGCAGCAGCAGGAAGUCUAUGAUACAUUGUCUCUUGAAAGCAGCUUCCUUGCAUCUCUGUCCCCUAAAAUUAACUUACUUUUCUGAAAGAAAGGAUAAACAUGAUAUUUCUUGGCUAAAAAAAAUGAAGCCGGGCUCAAAACAUGCCACAUAUGAUCUCCCCCCCUCCCCACCCCAGGGAUGCAUGCUGACCACAUUUGUUUCAUGCUUGGAAAAACUACUUCUAUAGUGAGAGAAUAUAAGAACUCAUACAAGAACUAAUACAGAAGCAACAAGAAGUAAAAUACAAAUAACACACUGCAUUACAAAAUCUAGAGAAAAUUGGAUAUUAUGGAUUGUUUCUCAGUUGUUGAUCUGGACUUAUGUGUUUGGAAGAAUUAAUAGGAUUUUUGGGGUGUAAAAUGAUCUAUAUUAAAGGUUCUUAAGAAAUGUUUGUGACAGGAAUUUACUUAGUAACAAAACUGUUUGCCUCAAAUCUCGCGCAAGUCAUUCUUAAAGAUUUGGAUGUGAAGUAAACUGAGUGGCUUGUUAAACAAAGGCACAAUGCUUCAAAAUCCUUUUAAAGUUUUAUGAUUAAUAGAGAAUUGAUUCAUAUUUUAACUUUUCUAGUUCCUGUUUUGUUAUAUGAUUAUGCACUUCUAAAGGACUAUUUUGAAUGGUUUUUAUUAUUAUUAUUAUUGUGGAAAAGAGAAAGUCUGCUUACCAUUUCUGGAAUGACAGCUUUGGGCUCUCUACAGUUAACUGGGUAUUUUUAAUGCCCCAAUAAACUUAUUUUAAUCAAAUACGUAGUACUGGCUUUUGGGAAACAUCUUACCCAAGAGUUGUUUUGGGGAGGUGUUCCCCUCAUUCUCCCUUGAUGACUCCUGGAGGUGGUGGAGGAGGACCCAUGAAAGACUGUGAAUACAGUCAGAUCAGCACUCACAGCUCCUCUUCUCCCAUGGAGUCUCCCCAUAAGAAAAAGAAAUCAGCUUCCAAGAGAAAAUGGGAGGUUUUCCCUGGAAGAAACAAAUUCUUUUGCAAUGGAAGGAUCAUGAUGGCUCGCCAGACUGGAGUCUUCUACCUGACACUUGUCCUUAUCUUGGUUACCUGUGGACUCUUCUUUGCAUUUGAUUGUCCAUAUUUAUCAGAUCAGAUUACACCUGCUAUCCCUGCUGUAGGAGCAAUUCUAUUCUUUUUUGUGAUGGGGACCUUGCUACGUACUAGCUUCAGUGAUCCUGGAGUCCUGCCUCGUGCAACACCAGAUGAAGCAGCAGAUCUGGAAAGACAAAUAGGUAACACAGAAGAAAUUGCAAAUGGCUCUAGUUCAGGAGGGUACCGUCCACCUCCCAGAACAAAAGAAGUACUCAUCAAUGGGCAGACAGUGAAAUUAAAAUACUGUUUUACUUGCAAGAUUUUCCGCCCACCCCGUGCCUCACAUUGCAGCCUUUGUGAUAACUGUGUAGAACGGUUUGAUCACCAUUGCCCAUGGGUAGGCAACUGCGUGGGGAAAAGAAACUACAGAUUUUUUUAUAUGUUUAUUUUAUCUCUGUCCUUUCUGACAGUCUUUAUAUUUGCAUUUGUUAUCACCCACGUCAUCCAUCGCUCUCAAAAAACAGGGUUUUUAAAUGCACUCAAGGACAGUCCUGCAAGUGUGCUGGAAGCUGUGGUGUGUUUCUUUUCAGUUUGGUCCAUUGUUGGGCUCUCAGGUUUUCAUACUUAUUUGAUCAGCUCCAAUCAAACAACAAAUGAGGAUAUCAAGGGAUCCUGGUCAAAUAAAAGAGGUAAAGACAACUUCAAUCCAUACAGCUAUGGCAACAUUUUCACUAACUGUUGUUCUGCACUCUGUGGACCCCUCUCUCCGAGCUUAAUUGACAGAAGAGGAUUUAUACAGCCAGAUACUCCACAGCCGGCAGCUCCCUCAAAUGGCAUUACAAUGUAUGGGGCCACACAGUCUCAGAGUAAUAUGUGUGAUCAAGAUCAGUGCAUUCAGAGCACUAAAUUCGUUUUGCAGGCUGCUGCCACUCCACUUCUCCAGAGCGAGCCCAGCAUAAGUAGUGAAGAGCUACCUUUAUCUGGAAAGACCUCUAUCGGUGCCCCCUGUGCCACAUUAACACUAGGGCAACCGACACCUCCCUCCUCCAUGCCAAAUCUCACAUCAGAAACAGGUUUGACAGACAUGAUACCAUUAAAACAGGAUCCUGAAAAUCAUCAGUUCCUUACUCCUGAUGAAGCUCCAUCACCACCUGGUAUGUUGCCACUUGGGAGUCCUAUGACACACAGCCGUACCAUGCAUAUCCUCAGCCUAGCCAGCCAAGACUCAUUGCAUGAAGACUCAGUACGUGGCCUUGUGAAACUAAGCUCAGUCUGAGCCAUUUUAAAUAUGACAGUGAUUAUACAGACAAGAAAAAAACUGCAAUGCCAUUUUUGGACUCCGUGACAUAUAUAUGUUACUGAAACUUUAUUAUAUAAUGAAGUCUACUAAAAGGACAAAAUAUUUUUGUGCAGUGAAGUUACAACAUUUGUUUAAUAGCCGAUUUAUUGGUGGCUUGGAUUCGAUGGUGACAUUGUCUAAGUAACAGAAAUGUACAUUAAAUUUGUUUGGUGAUUAAUGGUGUCCAGCAGCUUGGAAUCUUGGUACUAUAAAGUUGAUUAUUAUAGUACUUAAAAUAUUACUAGAACUAAGCAUCAUAUUCCAUGUUUUAUGAAAUUCUUUGUGUAAUAUUGCAUUUGUACUCAGAUGGGCCACCCUUUUCAUGUUACUGUGCUAUUAAUAUUUGAAACAGAAGAUUACCAUUUGAUUAAUAUAAAAUCAAGAAGGACUUUGACUGUGGAUUUGCAUGCCACACUACAGUGUUUGUUACAGUAGUGUUGGUAUUGAGAGGAAGUGCUGCUUUAUUAUUUGUGAGUUCCAAUGUACUGUUUCAUGUAAAAGACAGUACAACAAAGUAAUGGACUUUUUUUAAAAAAAUAAAUCAAUCAAUCAACUUAGUCAAGGGUGUUAUAAAUAAAUGAACUGGUGGUACUUCAGAUGUGGAGGGCUACAAAUUUUUGCAUAUCAUUUAACUCUGAGUGUCGAAAUAAUAUAUUUGUGUUGUGCCAUACCCUGGAUUUCAAUCCACCCCUAUUUGCACAUGAGAUUGCAUUAGAAGUGGACACCCAAUAAAAUAGCAUCCUCUUUUUUUUUUUUUUUUUAAUGUGUACAGUUACAUCCAUAAAGAGCUGUCAGCAAAACAGCUACAGGUGGAUUGCAAAUUAUUUUUCAUUAGGAUAAUGCAAUUAAAAAGUCCAAAGGAAGACCUAAAAUCAAAUGUUAGUAUUGCGUGUGAGUUUUAUAAAUACUCUGUUUAAUUUUAAGAAAUAAUAUGUCUACAAUUGACCUUUGUUUUGAAAUAACUAACUUAAGAGGGUUGGAUCCAGAAAUCCCCUUCUGUUCUCAGAAAGGGCUUUGAUCUAGCAGAGUUCCCAUAAAUAGAAUGGGGGCAUAGACAUCAGUUUCCUCUUACACCCCUGUAAAUCUGCUUGAGAGGGAUGGCGGACCCUCUAGAUCAGCAUUGAAGUGGUGCAGAGCAUUGGAUGGAUGAGGAAUAAUAGGCAGAAAUUACCUCCCCCUUCCUUCUAUUUGCAUGAACUUCUGCUAGAUCAUUGGCCCUUGCAUUCACAAAGGACUCUUUUAAAUCAAACAAAAUAUCUCAUUUUGAAGACCGUAGAAAUGGUACCAAGAAGAAUCUCUCAAGUAGGAGAUUUGCAAGGCAAGGAUGUCAAGGUUGUAGGUUUUGGCAAAGGAAGAGAAGUGACCGGAAUGUACCUAAGUUAUAUGUGAUCAAAGCUACCAACUAGUCAUGGUUAUAUUCAACUAUAUAUUUAAUUUUUAAUUUAAAGUUGAUAUAUUUAUGAUACAGAAUUAUUUGAUGCUUUGAGAUUAGAGAAAAAAUAGUUGUGGCUUAAAACAAAUUCCCCUCAGGGAUAGCUCAAAAAGAACAUACAGUGAGAAUUCAAAUUUUAUAUAUCACUGCAUCUUGUCAUGCUUUUUAAGAUGCGAGGAUCUGCAAUAAUCUUCUCUCAGGACAAAAUUUAGUGCAAAGUGUUUUCAAAAAAAUAUAAAGCAUUGCUGCAGGCAAGUACUUUUAAAAACAUGGAUCAUGAAGACAUGGAUUUUUUGUAUCACUGUUGUGUGGAAAAAAAAUAAAAAAAUAAAAGCACAAUGUUUUAAUUGGAAUAAGGCCAUCUCUGUUACAGAAAUGCCAGAUGACAUACUGGCAAGAACCCUCACACUGUGUGCAAUUUUGUAAAAGAUAUUAUUUUUCUCUGAAUGGUGAUACAGAGUAUCACUUCGUUUGCAUGUAUAGAAGAUAGCUAGAGAAAAUUUUUGAUAUCCACAGGUUUCUCUUUUUUUCCAUUUUGUAGAAAGCUAUGCAUGAGCUGCAGUUAUAUGAUUAUGAGCCAUUAAAAUGUAAUGGUUGUGAGCCGUUACAAUGUUUACAAGCUUUCAUAUGAAGGGAUUUUGCCUCUUUUCCUGUCUUGACCUCAUAGGAUUUCUCUAAAAUCCUGCAUACAUUAUUUCCUUUAGCACAUACCUAUUCCAAAGAAAACAACAACUUUAAGAUGAAUUCUCUUGGCUUAAUUUUUGAUUACUGUACUGGCAGGUGCUAUAUAGAAGAGUUUAAACAGCUAUAAGAACCAAUAUCACAGCAGUAAGUGCACUGAUUUUGAGAGACGUUUUCAGUGCAGGUGAAUGAAGUCAACUUCCUUUGAAAAUCCCUGACAUAAAUUUCACUGUCUCCAUAUAACAGUCAAACACCUCAUAGGCAACAAUCCCAAAUCACUCUUUUGUGAGCUAGUAAAGUUAUGAAGGAUGCAGAGAUAUGUCAUGUGAAUUACACCGCACCUCCUGAAAAUUUGGCGGACUUUGGUUUCUUCCUAAUUUUUCUAUCACAAGCACUAUGAUUUUGCAAC